AUGUCGAUGGCCGCGACGGCCGAGCCUCAGCUUCCUUGUUCAUCUCCUGAAAAGCUUCCGGAUGGCUAUGCCCUGGCCGAUCCCUCACGGCUUCCCGAAAUUCCAUGGACGUGGGGUAUUGUUGAAUCUUUGGAAAAUUGUUUACCAAUCUCUGAAUUAAAUUCAGACGGCAACGAUCACUUCUACCAUGCCUUACAAGCCAACGAGGAGCUGAGCUCUGCUUCAAGAAGUCGUUUUGUAGACGAUACUGACGCUGUGGAUCCCACGGCGCUGAACAAUAUGCCGCGAUCUGAGACGCCUCAAAUGAGUGACUUGCCCACCGCGACAGAGGAGGGCUUCAUUCCUCAAAUACGCAGACAAAGUCCAAAGAAGAGCCGGGUGUCGCAAAUGCACAGGUACGACGGCCGUGGUGCUCACUCCUAUGUCUCUAGCUACCUCAAACAAACGGCGAACAGCCACCCUACUUCCAACAGUGCACCUUCCGUGUCAGAGUUUCAAGCACAGGAGCAACUCAACAACACCGUCACAAAGUCGCUCAUCACCGAUGUAUUGUUCCGAAUCUAUCGCGAUAGCAUCGAAUCUGCCCUGACGUGCUGGCUGACGGAACGGACUUGUCCUUACAACAUUGAGCUUCAGCCUCGUCUCAACCAAAGGCCACUUCAAGACGGAAGGGACGGGGUUGGAGGUGUUUCUUUGGCCACAUUUUACGCUCGUGUUUGUCGUCUGGAUCAAAGUUCCUCAAAAUGGCUUACAAGGCGUUUGACACCCACCGAAGAUGCGACAGCCUCACGAGUUCUCAAGACCGCAAUCAUGGCUUUUGCUAGUCAAUGGUCACACCUGGGAUCUUCGAGGCAACGAUCUUGCUUCGAUUACUUGCUCAGCGAUGAUGGAUACUUCAACGAGUCUACAAGCCUUGAUGAGGGUGCUCUGCCUCAAGACGUCGAAGCCUCUGAUCCCACCUUUGACCGUUCUUUUCAGGAGAUGUUGUGGGAUAAGGCACGAAGUGAGUUGCAAAACGCUUGGGAACUGGACUCAUUUCGCGUCGCCUUCGCGCAAUUGAUCUUUUCCGUCACGCAGCGGCACUUGGACCCGACGAGACAUCGUGACGAAUUAAAAAAGGCUGCUCGUCGGCGUGGUCCGCAAAAGUCUUCUUGUGUCGACUAUUUCUCUCCAUACGGGGAUUCGGCUGCCCCAGGUAGCACGGACUUCACUCCCGAUGAUGAUUGUGCCACUCUUGGAGCCCGCCUGGCCGAGCUCGAUGCUCUGGGCGGACCCCCGGUGUAUCUUGAAACUGCUCUCAGACAACUCCUUCACUGGCGUCGCAAGAUCCAGAGAAUGGAUCAGAAGCAGCAGAUCCCAGCAAACACCUCGACGUCAAGAUCUGCUUCCGCAUCUGUCUCUCCAGUUGAUCGGAAGACAUUUGAUAUGUUGUUUUGGCUAGGAGUAAUCUGCGACACCCUCUCCGCAGCGUCGUCAAACCGACCCCUGGUCAUCUCGGAUGAAGACAGUGCAAUUAUCGAGCGACCACUGCCACAAUCUCAUCUCGCCGAGGCCCACAAUGUCGCACAAGGGGUAGAUCCCGGCAUCCAUGGGCAAAAUACCCUCCGUGUUAGCAACAAAAGAAAUCAAGGUCUCUGGGGGGCUUAUUUCCUAGACCAAGACUGGCCUCGCGACGCUCGAUCUUCUCUCCGAUGGCCUUGCGCAUUUAACGAGGCAUCAGCAGCGCUGUGUGAGGCCAAUCCGAUCAAAGUCUUGCUAUAUCGGAAAGUGGCCAGCCUUCAGGCACUGUCCCUCCGAGCUGUACCACCAGAGAGGGUCGAGAAGUGUAUUCAAGAGGCUCUGCGAGUUUAUCAACACUGGAAUGGUACAUACGGUCGCUUCAUCAUCGACUGCCUUGAUCAUUAUGGUGAUCUUCCGCCCAGCUUGCAGUCUUGGUGUGUUGUCCUCGCAGGACACUGGUAUCUUGGCACAUUGCUGCUUGCCGAUGCUAUUGACGCGGUUGACGAAGAUCAUCAAGGUGGCCGCGAGGAGCGAGCUCUUCGAAAAUCGACUCCUCUCACCCUAGGACUACGAAAGGACAAUGUGGACGCGAUCACGGAGCUUGCUCGUGUCACCUGCAAUUCGGAGCCUCAGCUGACCCGGUGGCCUUCCGAGUCUCUGCAUUACUUUGAGGGUAUGGCCUUGCUUAGCGAACCGUGGACUGCGCUGCUUAUCCAAUGCUUCACCAAAGCCCUCGAGCUUAUCACCGAGUGGCUGAUGGCCUGCGGCAGACAGAAUCCCAACGACAAAUACGCAAUGGAGGACCUGGAUCCGGUCUCUCUUCAAGAUCAAUUCGACGUCUGCGUGCAAGCUCUGAAGAUGCUAGGGAAGAAAUCCGAUGUUGCAAAUCUGGCAGCCAUGACAAUAUCCUUGGAAUUUCCGAAAUAA